AUGGCAUUUCCAUCUUUCAACACUGCAGAUUCUUAUGGAAGAUUAGAGGAAGGGUCAAACAAAAAGAAGGAAAUUCUCUUGGAGAUCACUGAGAUGAUGAUGCACAGAGCACACCUUGACAAUAGCAUCGAACUCAUCGGCAAUCUAAUUUUUGGAUCGGUUGUUGCACCUUCAGUCCUCAAAACUGUGAGGCCAUCUGGUCAGGCUCUGGUUGAUGAUUGGGUCCAAGCAUUCGAGUCGCAUUAUGGAUCGCUCACUCAAUAUGUCAUGAAGUAUAUGCGAGCUUUCGCAAACAUAUGUAAUGAGGGUGUCUCGAAGGAUGCGAUGGAAGAAGCUUGUGGUAAUGUUUGUGGAAGCUACAACUCAGCUAAGUGGAGUCCCUUUAUCCAUGGCUACAGUGCAUGA